CGCUGCCGUUGACCACGAUCAAAAUCUCUACACAAACUCCCCCUUCUGUAAACACCUUGAAUUACUCCAUCUCGCUUGCUCUGCUGGCGCUUCACCAUCCGUCCCGUCUUCUCUGGCCAACGAGCCCAGCUACACUGCGGACGGCCCCAUCAUACUUUUUUUGUUGGUGAAAAAGCCAUCAUCGCUGGCGAAUUUCGGACUGUUCUUUUCGGUCAUCCAAAGCGUGAAUUUUAUUCCGAUUGAAUCGAAAGUACGUGCGGUUCCGUGCGGGGUUGAACCUCUUUCGUGCGUGCGUGCGUGAAUUCCGCGGAGGUGACCUGGAGUGCGAGUGAUUGGUGAGAAAAGAUUUUUUCGGGGUUUUCGGUGCUGCCGAGCAGGGUGGACCCCUUUUCGGUGUCCUCCUGGAAGAUAACAGUAAAAAGUGGAUGUGCAUUGUCAGAAAAUUCUGUGUUUGAAUGCAGUAGAAGGAUAAAGGAUUGCUCGAAUGAUCGGCGGUGGGUGCGGGGACAUGAAAAUCCAGAACAACAAAAGUGGAGUGCAGUGAUUUUGGGUCGUCCGUCAAAAGUGGAAGGAUUUUUUUUUUCUCGUCGGACCGAGACCCCAUAUUCUCCGACGAACGACGACGGCGACGACGACAUACCUAGUGGAGGAAAAAAGUGCUGGUUUCAUUGGGGCUCCGAUUUGGAUUUUUGCGGAAAUCGUGAUUGGAAGAAAAACUCGGGAAAAUGUGAACCGCAGAAAAGCGGAAGUUCGUCGUCGGGUGCGCGAGUGAGUGCGAGAACCUAGUUUUCCUCGGACAAUCAUCGCAAAAUGACGAUCGCACGACGAAGAAGAGUAGGAUCAUCGAUUCAUCAUCAAUUAUUGUGUGUGCCGUGCUGCCGUGGUGGGGUGGCCAAUAAUAGUCAGUGCGGUGUAGAAUAAGAAGAAGCAGCAGUAGCAGUGAGCAGCGGAGACAAGUGCUUCGGAAAAAGGAAUCGAAACAAAAAAAAAUAGGAAAAAGAGAUUUCCAAGCAGUGCGGUCCGUUCGGGGUCGACCCCAGAAAGUCGGGCCCCGCCGAGAGGAAGUUGGUGGCCCAUUUUCUAGCGAUUUUCCUUCGGCUCGAUUUUUGGGAUUCCAAAGUGAAAGCACAGGUGUGUGUUAGUGGGGAUCUUUUUUUUUUGCUUUUUGACAGCGCCGUGUGGCCGCGCGUUGAACACACUCAUUCAAUAAUAAUAAUAAAAAUCUCGCAAUCUUCUUUGCUGCCGCCGUCGCCGUCAUCGACGUCGCAGAAGUCGCGAAGAAAAAGAAGCAAUCGAUUAGUAGUAGAGAGAGUGCGGUGCUGUGAUUUUAGUACCUAGGCGAGGUGAAGAAGAAGUUCCCUUUUUCCGGAUAUUAUUUUUCUUCGCUUCACGCUUUCCAAGAUGGCUCCGUCUCCGGAGCUCGGGGGUCAACCGAAGGCCCCCGACAAAGCUGGAGCGGACCAACAGCCAUCCACUCCGACGACGACGGCGACGGCCACGGAACACUCGUCGUCGUCGACCUCCUCAGCACCAUCACCGUCGUCAUCGUCAUCUAACAGUAACAAUCCCUCCCAAUCAUCAUCGUCAGGAACCAAACACUCGCCGCCUACAGUGGUGACUGCUGCUGCUGCUGCUGCAGCCGCAACGUCAAACUCCGGCAGCAGUUCCGUUGGAGGCAGCAACAACAACAACAGCAGCAAUAGCACGUCGUCAGGAGGAGUAAGCGCUGGGGCUGCCGGCACCGUUGCGGGCACAUUGUCCGCGCAAGCAACAACUCCUCAGCAGGAUAGCAGCAAGAUCGAUAACAUGGAGGAGAGUGAUCUCAAGGCGCUUCUCGAGGAAGCCAUCACCUACAAACGUCCGAAGGAUCGGGAACACAAAAGUGCAACGUUCAAUGAACUUCUCAGCAAAACGGAGAAGGAAGACCAGGAACAGAACUUUCCCUUCACAAGCCGUGCGGUGCAAACGAAACGUGCCUCGGGUCGGCCCACCCAGGGCGGCUCUCUACAGGAUCUUCCGGAAGCCAGCCUGCAGGAGUACUACUACUCGGAGUUUCCCUUCACGGCCGACUACGGCAAUCGUAUUGGCACGUUCUCGCAAAACUGGCGGCGGCAUCAGGGUGGUAGUUCCGGUGCUGCCAGUGUCGGCCCCGGCGGAGGUGACCGAGCGACCAAUCCGCGCCAGAAGCGAACUACCAGCUCGGUUUCGUCCCGGCAACGGGAGGGCGGCAGUCUGCCCAGCAACGUCAACGUGGAAUGUUCGUUCUUCAACGACGUCGGACAUCACCACACCACCGGAACGAUAACCAAGUUCAAGAAGCGGGAAGGAGGUUCCAAGAGCGACUACGGCACCAUGGUACUGACGGCACCGUUGAUUACCAGCGCCGGAGCGGCAGAACUGAUUAGUGCCGUGGCCGAAGUGGCCGGCAGUACCGGACUGAAGAAUACCGAAUCUCAGCUAAUCGAUGGCUGCGGAACGGGAGUCGGCUCGGGACACACCGUCAUCGAUAUGGGAGAGCUGGAAUCUGAUGAAACUCAGUCUCUGCUGGCACAUGACGCCCUGCAACAGACCUUGUACGAUUCGGGUCUGGACGAUUAUGACGGAAGUGGCGGUGAUCUGUACGGAAGCAGUACAACCACAAGUGGUGGCAGCAGCACGACUGGCGUCGGCGGCGGCGGCGGCGCCGGAAGCGGUUGUAGUGCCAUGAAGAAGAUCCCACGCUAUCCGGCAGCAAGCUACACUAGUCACGUUAAUCUGGAGAUCGGAGAACCCUCGUCGACGGUGCGGCCCUCGUCGGUGCACCAUGUCGACAAGACGGUUUCCCUGCCGCUGCUGGAGAGCAACAAGAGCGUGGAUAUUACGUCGAUCCAACUCGGAACGACCUACCCGGCCGUCAAGUGUUUUGUAUCCAGCGACAACAGCAAGAGCGAUCAAACCCGCGUGAUGAUGAGUUCCAGCAACACCAAAUACAUCGCCACGCAAAGCAUUGGUCAGAUGAUUUCGCAGCAAAAAUGUCUUGACGAGAAUGGUAACUCGGUUCAGCAGUUCGGCAGCAGUCUGGGCUCAUCAUCGUCAGCAGCAGGUUCCGCGGUGGGCGUCGGAGCCAGUGGCUUGGUCGGAAGCGGUGGAAAUAGUAGUUCCUCGGUGGGUGGUAGUGGUGGUGGUGGUGCUGGGAACGCUGGAAGUAAGAAGCGGAAGCCCAAAUCGGAUCGCAACACGGUGUUGGUGAUACCGGAGAAGAUAGCCGGGUACCGCGGGAAGGAUUACGACAUUGAGUCGUUGGUUUGUUACAUCGAGAACAAGGACAAGCAAAAGGAUGGGGGCAAGGCCGGGGGGAGUGGAGCGAGUGGAUCUAAUCCGAAGAAUGGGACGGUGAUGAAGGUCAGUGGUAGUGCGAGUGUGGAAAACGGAAUUCCCGAGGAAAAGGUGCCGAAGAAGAAAAAUGAAAAGAAGAAAGAGAAAGGUAAGUUGAAGAAGAGUAAUUCUUUGGAAGAACUGAGUAGUUGUAGCAGGAAGAAGCAACAGGCGGAAGAGGAGCAGAAUACUCACAAGAACCAUGUUGUGGAUCAGCAAUCGGGACCGGCACAGAAAUCGCAGGAUGCGGAAUCCGCUGUAACGCUGAGGGGUGGCAAAGGUAAUAAAAAGGCUCAAAACUCUAAUGUUGGCAGCAGUAUAGCGUCCUCGGUGUCGUCGGCAUCUUCGACGGCGUCGUCGCAUUCGUCCAAGGAACCGUCACUGACCAGUGGAGGAAAACGAGGUGAGCGAAGGUCGUGGGGAACGGAAGAGCUUAGCUAUCUGGAGGAUAGUCACAAUCAGAUUGCGCAGAUUGUUGAGAAAGCGGAAGAGAAGCCUGCCAAGAAGGAUAGCAGGAAAGAGGCCAAAGAAAGCGCAGAAGCGGUGACACCUACAUUCAACGCUGGUAAAAAGCGUGACUCGUUACGGAUGUCCGUCGAAUCAUUGUCUGCAAUUAGUGGAGCCGGAGUGGGUUCCGAAACGGCCGAGUUUCAUGUAGUCACCAAAAAGAAGAAAAUGAAGAAAAAAGCCCACAGUUUAUUUGCGGAAGACACAACGUCUUCCUCGGCAACUGGCGGUUAUUCGAAUGUGGCAUCAAAUGCCAAUAAUAGACGCCAUCUAACUGUUAGCCAAAGUUACAAUCUAGGAAGCUCAACAACGGUUCGGACCUCGAAUAUUAGUGGAAAGUAUCAAGCCAGCAAUAGUUUCACAAACGAUCGAGAUGUUUAUAUGAACUCUAACGACGUCUCACGAAGGAAAUCAACGUCGUCGGUUCCGCCAUCGGAAAAGUCGGAUUCAAGCGACGCAGAUUCUGUUCAGUCGCUUCCUAUAGAACCAUCCCGGAAGCAGCAACAGCAGCAGCACCAGUCUCAUCAAAGUGGUGCCAGUCGGCAUCCGUCAGUUGGAGUCCCUCAAUCGUACGCAGACAUUGCCCGAAUUCCAAACGCUGACCGGAUAAACAACAACAUCAUUGGAGCGACGACAUCCAACAGCAGCACGUCCCCGUUGGAUAGCUCCAGUGUGGAAAAGUGGCCACCGGUCCAAGCGACCACCAAUGAAGAUUUAGCUCAAGCACUUAAAUCGCCCUCCGCGUUCCCUGAACUAGUCCCAGAAUCGUCGUCGCUACAGCCUCAACAGCAGCAGACGGUACAAUCGCCGAAUCAGCCGCAACAGCAGCAGCAGCAAUAUCAACAACAGCAUCAGUAUGUGAAUAGUAGUGUUAGUAGUGUUAACAAUCUAGGUAACAGUAAUAAAGCGACGUACUCGCAGAGUCUGUUGAUAGCCACUACCAAAGCGACGGCGGUGGAAGAAGACGAUUCCGCCAGCAGGUUACAUCAGCAACAGCGAUUGGCCGCGGCGUCCAGUGGAAAACUAGUUAGUAGCGUUAAUAACAGUGAACAUAGUGUAAAUAUUAGUAGUAUCAACAAUAGCAGCAGCAGUAGCAGUUCUAAACUAGCGUUACACAAAUCGAAAAGCGUUGACACGAACGAUAUCUACUACUCCAACGAGGAGCACUACCCGGCACUGGAGAAGACUGUCAAGCCGGCUGUCAAAAUGGCGGCGGCUCCCACUGUUACCGCGAAUAGUAACAGCUUACUAAAUGAGCCGAAAACAACUUCUUCCAUCACGGGGGGUAAGGUGAGCCCAGUAGGCGCCAACGCCGGCCAGUCACAACCCACUACGACAAAUGCGCCGGCGACGAUGGUAACUACGACGGUUAUCUCUGGUAACCCUAUCGCCAGUAACGUUUCGACCGCCGGUGCCAAAAAAUCGAAAAAGAAAGACUCAGUUACCAAUAGCGUCACAACUGAUCCUUCUACGAUACCUGCCAACGACGUGGAAUCGAUCAACAAUGCGCGGAAUGUGGCAUCAUCGCUGGACCUCGUCAACAACAAUCCUCUGCUGAUUGAGAACAUCGACAUGGACUUCCCUCAAAAUGGCAUGCUGAACCGAAGUCCCAACGGUGGUGGUCAGCAGCCUUCUCUACAGAGCACUCCCAAAAACAGUUCGGCUUCCUCUAUCCCAUCCGGUGCGGCUUUGUCCAAGCGAAGCAAAAAAGACAAAGCAACCAUGAUCAGCCAAAACUCCAUCGCGAACGCUGCGCCUACUGUAACUGCCAACUCGAAUCAUCGCCCAGCCGUCAUUAUAAUGAACGACCACCACAACGAAUCCGGUACGAGUCAUGAGUUCACCUUCGGUUUCGACAUCGACCAGGAGCUCCUUUUCGGAGACUUCCAGGAGGAUGAGGUGACUUCCAUGCUCGACCAACACCACCAGUACCAUCACCAGCAGAAAACUUCCCCGCAGCAUCACAACAGUACUGAAAAUGUUCCUUCGCCGACGAGCGCCAUCAGCAACACCUCGACCGAUCUCGGCUACAGCUCAAUGCAGCAAUCGUCAUCGUCCACUACCACCGCUUCGACCGGCUCGCCAACCUCUUCCAAUAACUCGUCAUUGUCGUCGUCACAUACAACACAACCAAACAAACCGCCGCAACAAUACCACCACCAUCAUCAUCACCAACAAUACCACAAUCAAGCGCCGACGCAGCCACCACAGAUGGAACCGGCGUACGAUUCGGUGCUGCACUCCUCUGCUGAUCCUGACACCUACCGGGACGGCAUCGAGCAUAAAUUCCACCAACCGCCGCCACCGAUGGUUCCGGCGAUGUACACCCAGCCACCGCCGCAACUCCCGCCGCCUCACGUUCUGGCCGCUCAACAGCAGCAACAGCAAUCCGCUCGUCAGCCUCGCACGGCCGGCCCCAAUCACUACAAUCUGCCGCCGCCUCCGGUGGUGAUUCCGAGCCACAUCCAGCAGCAGCCUCCGCCAGCGCUUCCAAUCGUCGCGGCCAAACAGGACACCGCCACGAACACCCCGGCCAUCAUGAGUGUUCCACCGCCUCCGCUGCCACCCGUUGUCGUCCCGGCGGCACCCAUAGCCGUCAUCCUGCCAGCUGGACCGCCUCCAGUGGCCACCUCCAGUAGCAGUAGCAAUACGAACCCUGCCGCCGUGACCGCUGCUGGCGUCAUCAGCAGUAGCAGCAACAACAGCAGCAGUAGCAAUAUCCAUACUAGUCUCAACAACCAAACCAUGGCCAAUAGUAGCGGCAGCAGCAGUAGCAUCAACAGCUGUUCGUCGGUGUCGCUUCAACAGGAACCGAAGCCUCAGCGACAGCCGGCGGCGGUUCAGCCGCAACAGCAGCAGAUGCAAAACAGUGCGCAGCCUCCGAUUCGGGAGAAAAUCAAGGAGAUCAACCUGCGGUUUAUUGCGCCCGAUCAGCUGCAGACAAGCCACAAUCACGACAAGAUUGUGAACUUCGUCGGAAUGGCUUGGGAGGACGUAAUCUGCGGAACGAACGGCAGCGCCAAGUACUACGAGGGACAAUAAAACAAAGCCGGUGGAAUCGGAUCCGCCGAGGCGCCGCUCAAUACAUCUCACACACACCAAGAGAACAUCCUACACUAAUCUGGCGACAAAGAGUAGCAUGCGCCCCUCGAGGAUGGACCAAAUCUAGCACAACUCCCAACGCAUAUGCGCAGCAGUUCUUGCUGGCAGGAGUUGGGCGUGCAAAAAAAAAAACAGCGCGUGUUGCUAGAUAGAGAUAGAGACAAAGAGCGUGUGAAUAAAAUGUAAAGUUACAUACAAACACAAGACUAAAAUCGAGCAGCAACAAGAAUCUAUGUCAUUGUAGAGGUAGUCGGAACGAAAAAAAAGAGUCAAACACAUAUAAGCAGAACGAGAAGAAAAAAAAUCAAACAAUAACUAAUUGCAAAAAUUAGAAAGUUGCAAGCAAAACAAUGCCAAGCAUUAGAACACUGAAACAAAAACUGCACAGUAAAUGUGUGCGAAUGAACUGCUGAGUGAGCUGACGUGGAAGCGCGAUAAUCACAACAACACAUAAACACACCCCCGCACAUACACACAGUCACUGGAGGCCACCCACUCACACAUACACAUCAGCAGAAGAAACCGCGCGCGGUACAGUUUUGGCUUAUCGAGCUUUUUUUUUUGUUUUGUUAUCUAAUUUUUGUUUUCGGCUGACGUUGUUCGGGAGUGACAGACUCUUUAUCUAGGUAGGUAGAUUUAGUAGUAGGAAAGAGAGGGAGUAUAUCAGAGCAGUCUCAGCUGUAGCAGCACGCAGCUUCCAAUCUUGUCCACGGAGGUCGCCUCGAUCGCGGUGGACUGAGAAUUUUGCGCCGCUUGCUGUGUUUGGUUUUUUGCUGCAACUGCUUCCUGGAAGAAAGUGUUAGUUUUGUUUUGUACAGUGUUAUAGGAGCGAACGGAUGAUGUAUGUGAGCAGAUAGUAGUGCUUGGAUGAUUUAUUUAACGAUUAUUAUUAUUAACAAUAUUGUUUAUUUUAUUCAAGAUUCAUUAGAUUGUUUUCCUUUUAUUGCCUAUUGUUCGUGGAUGGGAAGUAAUAAACGAAAAAAAAAUGUGAAAAGAAACGACGAAUUCGCGGUUUGAAUGGGAAUGGGGCGAAUGCGAGACUGUGGAGCUUGGUUAAAUAUAGGUUUUGUUAGUGUUGGAUUACAGAGGACACGGAAAAAUUAAUCACUCUACUUUUAGUCAAGGAAUGAUGACGUGUAUGUGUGCGAGUGGGAGGGCAUGAAGCCGAAGACGAAUUCGCACCCAAAAUCCCACGCAGUUGGUUUGGCAGAUUCUCAUAUCUCUCAAAUUGCAGUGGUUGCCGUGAAGAGACUUUUAUGGAUUUUUAUGGGACUUCUUGAUCCCACACUGAGAAUUUUUUUUUUCGAAAAUUACAUGUUUUGAGAAAUGCCUAUCAUUUUUUUGUCUUUCUAAAACCUUUACAUCUUUUGCGGGGAACCAUUCAAGAAAUUAAAAUGAAAAAGUUUUUGGCGCAGUGCUGCCAAGUAUGUUUGUCAAUGUAAUCGAUUUUUUUUAAAGUUCGUUUUGAAUUGUGUUUUUGCAAUGGAAUCGAUAUUGUUCAAAUCAGCGUAUUCUUGAUCGAUAAAUAUGGACUUCUGAUAUUAGAAUCGUGAAGUGUCCGACAACACUGGGCUUCUUGAAAAAAAUUGGAAAAAUGUUUUAACCUCUAGAUUUUUCCCUGCUUUACAAAAGGUUUUCAGCUUUUUUUUUCAAAUCUUAGAAACGGCAACACUUGCAUUUUGAGAGGUGCAAUUCGUCCGAAGCAACCGCAAAAAGAAAUCGACCGGAGUCAAACGCUCCAGGAAGGAAUAAAACAAGUGUCCGAUAACACCCAUUGUGAUUUUUAGUAACUAAUCAAUAGAGAAGUGAAAAGAAAAAAAAGGUAAAACGAGAAAAGAGCCGGAGGCGGCUCUGCUCGAUAUAAAAAGAAAUAAAAAAACAAAAAAAAAAAACAAAAAGAAGAAACAAGGACUGCUGCAGCUUCAAAACUGUAUCAAAGUUACUGACUGUAUUUAAGAAUAUAUAAAAAAGAAAAUAAAUUAUAUUUAAAAAUGAAAAAGAAACAUAGAAUGCUUACAUAUUUAGUAACUAAUAGCAAAAAACAAAUCUAAGCAAGCAAAACGCUAGAAAGAGAGAAAAAAGGUUGCAAAACACUAGACGCGAAGGAGAGAAACGAACGGACCGAGAGAAUGUGAGCAAGAGAUGCAAAGACAAAGAAACAGCAGCAGCUGAAAGCAGAACGGUUCAUUAGAUAGUUUCGGAAAACAAUUGAUCGAAAACAA